GUGUGGAAGUGAUCUGGGUAUAUGUGGGGAGGAUGGAAGUGGUAGUGGAUGAAGUCAUGAGAGGUUUUGACUGAGGGGGGAUGGUUGACGACUGCGUGACGGUGAGGGUUGUCAUCUUGUGCGAUGGGGUGACCGUGGUGGAGGUGGUGGUGGAUGCAGGCAGGGGUGUGGAUGAUGUGCUGGCGGGGGGGGCAGUGGAUGUGGACGGGGAGGGAAGUGGUGUGGAUGUAGUUUGGGGAGAGAUUGUUGUGACGACCAUGAUGGCGGGGAUGUUUCCUUCAAUGGCAGUGACGCGGUUAGAGAUAGUAGAGAUGGCGGUCUUUAUGUCGGUGAUGGAGGUGUUUACGAGGGAGAUGGACGAUUGGAGGGAUUUCAUCAUUUGGAGUAGGGCCGCAAAGUCGGGCGUUGCUGUCAACGGAGUCGGUGUGGAUGGCGGACAUGUCAAUGCCGGAUUCCAUGGUGGGGAGGAAGUGGCGGAUGAGGUAGCAGCGGCAGCCGAGGUGGUAGCAGCAGAUGAGGUGGAGGCAACUGCAGUUGCAGCAGCGUUAGCAAUGACAGCAGCGGCGGCGGCGGCGGCAGCGUCUUGAGAGUUCCUGAUUGUGCGUGUCAUGCCCGGGGGGGUUCCUAUUUACAAGGGUAGAACAACAUCAAUUCAAAGAAGAAUUUUGCAAAACAAGAAUUAAAAUAAAUUAAUUCCGAUUCG